UUUUUAACUGCUUGAUAUUCCAAUACUUCAGAGACUCUUCUUUUCUAUUCCUUGCAAUGCAUGCUAAUCCGUCUGUGUCAUCGCAAUUCACAUAAUUCAUCCUGUAUUUGUGUGGAACCUGCAAUAGAGGUUGAAAUAGACAGGACAGGACCAUCAAACAUGUGUUUUUUUUUUUUGUGUGUGGUGGUAAUUCAAAUCAGUUUAAGGUUUUUUCUCCACCUGUGACAUGUGGUCUUGAAAGCUAAAGAGAUUUUUUAAAUCUAGGAUUGCUUCAAAGGCGGUACCCACCAUUGUUUUUCCCAUGUGACAAAAUUUGGAUGAAUGUUUAGUUUAGUGACAAAUGAAGCUUGACUCUUCUGUAUAAGAAGAACAAAGCUAUGCCCGCAGUUCUCAACAUUUUUCUUCACUGUCUCAUAACUCCCGCAAUGACCUUUUCUUUCCCUGCAACUCUUUCUCUCUUCUCCUUACUAUUUCUGAUCGUUGGUUAUGUUUUUGUCCGGAAAUCGGGUGAAAGAAUAAGGAAAUGUGAAGGUGGCGACUCGGGCAUGCCGGAACCUUCGGGAGCUUUGCCUUUGAUCGGCCAUCUCCAUCUUCUCCGUGGUAAAGAUCUCGUCUUUAAGAAAUUUGCCGCCAUAUCUGACAAGCUUGGCCCUAUCUUUUCUCUUAAGAUAGGGGCUUACAGAUUGGUGGUCGUGAGCGAUCCAGAAACCGUUAGAGACUGUUUCGCUACCAAUGACGUGGUUUUAGCCACCAGGCCGAACAUAUCCAUAGGUCGGUAUGUUGGAUAUAACAAUGCAAUCCUCGCGUUAGCACCCUAUGGAGAUUACUGGCGUGAGUUGCGGAAGAUCACCACCAUCUAUCUCUUCUCGAAUCAUAGGAUAGAGAUGCUGGGCCACAUCCGUUUAAACGAAGUUAAUGUGUUUAUCAAACACUUGUACACAACUACCGUGGAUAGAGGUAGUUCCCUGGUCAGGAUGGACACGUUAUUGGAGUUCAUGACGUUCAAUAUAAUCCUUAGGACAGUGGCUGGGAAGAGGAUCGAGUAUGGGGAAAUGGGAUGCGAGGAAUGGCGUUAUAAGAAGGCGAUACAACAGACAGAGUACUUAUGGGGCGUUUUCAUGGUAGGUGAUGCUAUCCCGUGGCUAGAAUGGAUGGAUUUUGCUAAAGUAUCUCUUAUGAAGAAAACCGCUAAGGAGCUCGACGGUGUCAUCUCGAAGUGGCUCGAAGAACAUCUCGAGAAAAGAUUGAGGAACGGAAACGAUGAGGAAAGUCUUGAUCAAGAGAAGACUAUCAUGGAUCUAUUGCUCGAUGUCUUGCCCGAGGAUGUUCUAAUGUCUGGCCACACCCGUGAUAUCAUUGUCAAGUCAACUGCUUUGAUUCUUACAUUAACAGGUUCAGACAGUGCAUACAUCACUCUGAUAUGGACAGUAUCCUUGUUGCUGAACAACCCGAGUGUUUUAAAAGCCGCUCAAGAUGAAAUCGACGUUAUCGUCGGAAAAGGAAGAUGGGUCGAAGAAUCUGACAUUAGAAACCUCAAGUUCUUACAAGCCAUCGUCAAGGAAACUCACCGGCUUUACCCACCUGCUCCUCUUACAGGGAUCCGAGAAGCUAGCGAGGAUUGUUACGUGGGUGGAUACCGUGUAACCAAAGGUACCCGUCUGCUCGUAAACAUCUGGAAACUUCACCGGGAUCCCAAGAUUUGGCCGGAGCCUGAAACGUUCAGACCGGAGAGGUUUAUGGAGGAGAAACCGAAAUGCGAGCAGAGCGGAUACGGGUACAUGCCCUUCGGCCUGGGUAGAAGGUCGUGCCCGGGCAUGAAUCUCGGGUUAAGAGUGGUUUACUUGGUGCUUGCUCGGUUGCUUCAGGGCUUUGAGGUGAGGAGGGACUCGGUCGAGCCGUUGGGUAUGGCUGAAGGACCUGGCCUUGCUCUGACAAAAGUGGAACCGGUAGAAAUCUCGGUUAUGCCGCGUCUUGAACCGGAGCUGUACCGGCUCACUUAAACCGGUCAUUUGCUGUAUUAUCUUCUGCCCUUUGCGUUACAAAUAAGAAAGAUCUUUGUCUC